CGCGCGCGCGCGCGCAGCCAUGAACCUGGCGAGCCAGAGCGGCGAGGCCGGCGCCGGCCAGCUGCUGUUCGCCAACUUCAACCAGGACAACACGUCCCUAGCUGUUGGUAGUAAGUCCGGUUAUAAGUUUUUCUCCCUUUCUUCUGUGGAUAAACUGGAACAGAUCUAUGAAUGCACUGAUACUGAAGAUGUGUGCAUUGUAGAAAGAUUGUUCUCGAGCAGCUUAGUAGCAAUCGUUAGCCUCAAAGCGCCCAGGAAGCUGAAGGUUUGCCACUUUAAAAAGGGAACCGAGAUCUGCAACUACAGCUACUCCAACACAAUACUGGCCGUGAAGCUCAACAGGCAGAGGCUCAUUGUGUGUCUAGAAGAGUCACUGUAUAUACACAACAUCAGGGACAUGAAGGUACUGCACACUAUCCGGGAGACACCCCCAAACCCUGCAGGCUUGUGCGCACUGUCCAUAAACAAUGACAACUGCUAUUUGGCAUAUCCAGGGAGUGCGACCAUCGGAGAGGUGCAGGUCUUCGACACCAUUAAUUUGAGAGCUGCAAACAUGAUCCCAGCUCAUGACAGUCCUUUAGCAGCACUGGCUUUUGAUGCAAGUGGAACCAAGCUUGCCACUGCUUCUGAAAAGGGGACCGUGAUUAGAGUAUUUUCCAUUCCAGAGGGACAGAAACUCUUUGAGUUCCGGAGAGGAGUAAAAAGGUGUGUGAGCAUCUGCUCGCUGGCCUUCAGCAUGGACGGCAUGUUCCUCUCUGCAUCCAGCAACACUGAGACCGUGCACAUCUUCAAGCUUGAGGCUGUGAGGGAGAAACCUCCAGAGGAGCCCACUACCUGGACUGGCUACUUUGGGAAGGUGCUCAUGGCAUCCACUAGCUACCUGCCCUCACAAGUGACCGAGAUGUUUAACCAGGGCAGAGCUUUUGCCACUGUCCGCCUGCCAUUCUGUGGCCACAAGAACAUCUGCUCAUUAGCAACGAUCCAGAAGAUUCCCCGGUUGCUGGUGGGAGCAUCUGACGGCUACUUGUACAUGUACAACCUGGACCCCCAGGAGGGUGGCGAGUGUGCCCUGAUGCGCCAGCACAGGCUGGAUGGGAGUAUGGAGACAACCAAUGAGAUUGUCGAUUCCGCCUCUCACGACUGCCCCUUAGUAACUCAAACGUAUGGCACAGCAGCAGCCAAAGGUUCUUAUGUGCCCUCGUCCCCGACAAGACUUGGUAAGGGGCAGGACGCCAACCUAGAAGCCUACACAGAUGACCUGGGUGCUGUGGGCGGUGUGUGUCUGGAGGAUGAGGCCAGUGCCCUGCGCCUAGAUGAAGACAGCGAGCACCCUCCCAUGAUCCUGCGGACGGACUGACCAGCCCUGGCAGGGAUGCCGGCCUGGCCAAGGACUGGUGCACUGCUGCUAUGAACUUUGACCUGAACUGGGAGAGAGGAUGGCAGAGACUUUAAAAAAAGAUUGUAGUGAUAGUCUAAUUCCAUACUGUUGAGAAAAUACACCAUUUUCACUUCAGUUGCUUUUAAUCCUGCUUAUGAAUUUUAGCUUUUUAUUUUUUGUUUCCUUUUUUUGCCAAAAUUAAUUGUUCGGUGAAGUCCAUGGAGUCCCCUUGCUUUGCAUGCAUGAUGUGCCAAGCCAGCCUGGGCGCCAGCAGCCACUCCACAGCAAACUGCGGUUGUCUGGUCUGAUGUCUACAGUGUCACAAUGGUAUGCGUGAGGAAGACAUGGCGUGCAGUGGUUCUAGUUGUUGAGGCUGGUUCUGCAGGGACAGGGCCAUCCUCUGGGACCUGCCAUGGUACCAGCAGACAGCGGCCUUGGAUAGUAUAGCCCACAUGGACCAUUUUCCCUGCAUCUUAUUUUGUUAAUUAAACUCCAAGUUGGACCAUU